AACGCGGGCAACAGCUGUCAAGUCAAAAUCGAAAUGUCAAAAUCUACUUCAUAUUUCAUAAUCACUCAACACUAAAUAUUUUUUCAUAUUUGUUUCCGUUAUUUCAUUCAAUGUAUUAAAUGCUGUUUAUUAAAGUCAAGUCACAAUAAUUGAAAACCGUGUAAAAUGGCGGAACCAUGACUUCUAUUUAAAAAAAUCUAAAUUUAUUUUAUCAUGUAUCAUUUCAAUAAAAAGAAAAUAUUCUUUUGUUGUACUGUAGUAGGAUUACUAUUGUUUUUCUUUCAUUCCAAAACUAUCUCAAGAAAACAAUACGAUUAUAUUAUGAAGGAAAAUAUAUUAAAUAGUCUACAUGCAGGAAUCUCUGAAAAUUUCACAAGCACAGCAUUCAUAGAAUGUGAAUAUUAUGAUGUUAUUUAUGAUGAAACGUCUUUACCUGUAAGUUUGGUUGAUGCAGAUCUAGAAGAAAUACAUAAAAUCAAAGAAGGGGGAGAAUAUGCUCCAUCUGAGUGCAAACCAAAAUAUAGCACUGCUAUAAUAGUGCCAUAUAGGGAUAGAGCUGAACAAUUAAGAGGAUUUUUAAUGUAUAUGCACUCAUUUCUGCACCAUCAGCAUAUACAUUACCGCAUCUAUGUUAUUGAGCAAGUUGAUACCCAUCCAUUUAACAGAGCAAAAUUGUUGAAUAUUGGUGCUUUAGCUGCUAUACAAGCUGGAUAUCCUUGCCUUAUAUUACAUGAUCUGGAUUUGUUACCUGUAAAGACUGCAAAUAUUUAUGCUUGUCUUAAUGCUCCAAGGCAUAUGUCAUCAAAUAUUAACAGUUUUAGAUUUGCACUACCAUAUUUAAAUAUAUUUGGUGGUGUCAUAUCUAUAUUAUCAAAACAAUAUAAGAAAAUAAAUGGAAUGAAUAAUAAUUAUUAUGCCACUAGUGGUGACAAUGAUGAUUUAUAUUCUAGAAUUGAGGCCUCUAAUUUCAAGAUAUGUAGGUUUGAUCCAACAACAAGCGAGUAUCACAUGACAACACAUAAUUCCAAAACAGAGAUUGAACAAAGAAGAAGCAAGCUUACAUUUUCUAAGAAGAAUAUGCUAUCGAAUGGGUUGAAUUCUAUUGAGUAUACAGAAGUGGCAACAGUACUCCAUCCAUUAUUUACUCAUAUCAUGGUUGACUUGUAGUUAGAAAUUAGUUUUGUUGUUAGUUGCUUAGUUCCUGUUCUCUAGUCGUUAAUGUACCUGCCAAUAGAAUAAGUAUGAAAUACUUAUGGAACUGUUUGUGUUUAUGUUGUUCUAGAUUAUAAAAUUAGUGCCUUGCAUUCCAUUACAACAGAUGUAAAUUUUUAUUUUAUUCAUAAGUGUAACAGUUAUACUGCACAUCAUACAAUGCAUGUUGCUAAAAGUUGUGGUUGUACUGGUCAUAUCACUAGAGUAUUUAAAGUUCCUGAGAAUUUUACUAUAGACUUGCUUAUCAUAAUAAAAUGUAUAUAUUGUUUCAAGCAAUAAUUCAGUCAAAACAUUAUUUUAGUAUUAUAAGAUAAAUAGCUACAAAUGUAUGUCAAAUUACUGGAUUAAAUUUCGUGUGCCUUUGCUUAGCUAUUGGAAUGUACUACUCAAUUGUUAUAAAUUGUGUCUCACAAAAUGAAUUGUCAUCUAGAUUUUCAAGCCGUCCUAUAUAGCAAACAAGUUAGAAUUGUUUCUGA